AGUUGAAAAAUAUUAAAAAUGCAUAGGCACAAUUUUUUUUUAUAAUGUUACGGAACAAAAUAUACAAAAGAGGUCUUAUAUAUUGCUCCACGACAAUCACACUUAUAACGACCGCGCCGUCCUGCGACAUCACAACGCCGCAUCGACCGACGACAGCUAUCCGCUCCCGCGGCUACGUGACCAUUGCGACUGGGAUAUAUCGGCGAUCGAUACGCAGCAAACAAAACCAGCGACUCGUAUUACAAAUCACCCACGGACCAAGCCGGAUCCACAGCCAAGGAUUGUCCAUUAGCACGGGACACUGAACUGACGAUCAACGACGCAACAAAAAUCGCCCUAUUCAGGGCGACCACGUAAGACACGACCCCCCGGCGUGCCUGCUUAGGCCACUCUAUACCGGUCGAGUCCCACGAGCGAACGCCACUUGUUUAAGCGGGCCCGACGUGUAAGACUCGAUCCCACCCCGAAACAUUAUAUAGGCUUAUAUAAUAUACCUAUUAUUGUAUGGGCUUGAAACCUACUCCCCAAAACAAUAUAUAUAUUCAUUUACAUAGAAAUAAAGAAAUUAUUUUAAUCUACAUCAUAAUUUGGAGUUAAAAUUUCAUUUACGAUCGACACGCGUAUCACGUGUGCCGUAUCAAUAAGUAUUUGAAGUUCAAAUUUUAACACAAUUUAUCAAGUUUAAAAUUGAAUAAUUAUUUUGUAGUUAAAAAUUUAUAAGAUGUUUAACUUUUAUAUCUAAGGAUUGAAAAUUUAAAACAAGAUUCCACGCAACUAGUCAAUUCUGUUACCCAAAAAUCUAAAAAAUACAUAAGCACAGUUUAUUUUUAUACUCAUUUUAAGUUAAAAUUUGGACGAAAUCACAUAUCAAAAAAACCUGCUCUUUGGAGCUGACCGGCAGAGGGCCACCGAUGAGCUGAGGGAAUCAUUGGAUAUCGAGAUAGAAUUGGCCAAGAUAUCGAAGACAAAGGAAGAGCUACUUGACCUAUUUAAUAACGUUGGAAGUCAACGACCAAGACUAUAUACAUCAGUAUUGAAUUGGACUAAAUGUAGCACCAACUAUCAGUUUUCGAAAUUAAUGAAACCUAUUAAUAAAUCGGAUUGGGUUUCUCAUAGUGGUUCGGUAGCAGAUAUAAAUGCGUUCUAUAACCCUCAGGAAAACAGUAUCUUACUUCCCACUGCUAUCUUGCAAGGUCCGUUUUUUUUCUAAUCAUCGUCCUCAGUACACGAUUCACGGUGGAAUUGGAUCUGUAAUUGGUCAUGAGAUCAUUCAUGGUUUUGAUAACGAUGGCAGACACUAUGAUAUGAAUGGCAUCGAGAUAGACUGGGGGGCAGAGGAGACGAAUAACCGCUAUUUGGAAAAGGAAAACUGUUUCAUCAAUCAAUAUGGAAAUUACACUAUACACGAAGUCGGUCUCAAGGUGAACGGCACUCAAACGCUGGGCGAAAAUAUCUUAGACAAUGUAGGCUUGAACAUAGCAUAAAACGCUUACAAAGAGUGAGUUCAAGGACACGACGUCGAACUGCGACUGUCCGGGCUCCAAGAGUACACGCCUUGGCAGAUGUUCUGGUUGAGCAACGCCAAUAUGUUGUGCGAAAAGAAUCUUAAGAAAUAUGACGCAUCUAUGAUCAUGUACGGCAAACAUUUGCCCUUCCUUUUCCGGAUCAAUGGCCCGUUCUCCAACAUGAAGACUUCAGCGUCGACUUCCGAUGUCUUCUAGGCUCCAUCAUGAACCAGGCCAAGAAGUGAAAGUUGGGGUGAGACCACUGUCUGGCCAUGCAUAUAAAACUAUUAUUAUUAUUAUUAUUGUUUCUUUAAUAACAUUUUAUGAGUUUGACUAAUCAACAACGAUUGAUCUUAAUAAAAAUGUGCAAAUUUUUUUUA